GUCUCCCCUAAAGUAAAGGAAUAUCUCAAACUUGAAAAUUUUCCAUUUCGCAACAACAAACAAGGAACAAACAGCGCUCAACUCCUUUGAGAUCCUGUCUUGUCUGAUCGCAACCCAUUCCGCUGUUACGUGUUAUGGGGAGGGAAGUUGCAGGCAUACAUAUGGUAGGCAAGAAGCCGAAUGGUUUGGAAGCUUCAGAUGGAAAUUUAAGUGAUAACAGUAGUGUGAAGGUUUCUCCCAAUAUUGCAGCAAUGGAUCGUGAGAAAAAUGAAUCUUAUGAAUCUCUUUCAUUCAGUGAGAAGAAGAAGCUUUUCGCUGCUAAAGCCACUAUGUUAAGAACUGAAUCUUUCAAGGAGAAGAACGAGAAGUUCGACGACAAUAAUAAAGCAGCAUUUCAUGAGAAGAAGGAAUUUUUCAAAGCUAAAGCGACUAUGGCAAGGACUGAAUCCUUCAAGGAGAAGAACGAGAAAUUCGAUGACAAUAAUAAAGCAGCAUUCCAUGAAAAGAAGGAUUUUUUCAAUGCUAAAAUCGCCAAUUCAAAAUCGUUGUCGCCUAAAGAAAAAGACGAGAAAUUUGAAGCGCCAAAGAGUGGAGAUGAUAACAAAUCAGCGUUUUCUGAGAAGAAAGAUGUUUUUAAUGCCAAGAUUAUUGCUACUACUGAAUCGCCCAAAGUGAAGAAUGAAAAAUCCGAAGUACAAAAGAUGGGAGAUGAUAAUAAAUCAGCAUUUUAUGAAAAGAAAGAAUUUUUCAAUGCUAAAACUGCUACCUCAAAGACCGAAUCGCCAAAAGAGAAGAACGAAAAAUUUGAAGUGCAGAAAACGGGGGAAGAUGAUAACAACCCAGCAUUUCAUGAGAAGAAAGAUUUUUUCAAUGCUAAAAUCUCUACUUUAAAGACGGAAUCGCCUAAAGAAAAGAACGAGAAAUCGGAAGUGAAGAAGAUAGUCGAUGAUGAUAACGCAACAGCAUUUCAUGAGAAGAAAGAUUUUUUCAAUGCUAAAAUAAAGACUGAAUCGCCCAAAGAAAAGAACGAGAAAUCCGAAGUGAAGAAGAUAGUCGAUGAUGAUAAUGCAACAGCAUUUCAUGAGAAGAAAGAUUUUUUCAAUGCUAAAAUCGCUACCGUAAAGACGGAAUCGCCCAAAGAAAAGAACGAGAAAUCUGAAGUGAAGAAGAUAGUUGAUGAUGAUAACGCAACAGCAUUCCAUGAGAAGAAAGAUUUUUUCAAUGCUAAAAUCGCUACCGUAAAGACGGAAUCGCCUAAAGAAAAGAACGAAAAAACUGAAGUAAAGAAGAUAGUUGAUGAUGAUAAUGCAGCUGCAGUUCUUGAGAAGAAAGAUUUGUUCAAUGCUCAAAUCACUAACUUGAAGACCGAAUCUCCGAAAGAUAAAGUUGAGAAACCUGAGGUACAAAAAACCGGUGAUGAUAACAACAUUGCAGCAUUUCAUGAACAGAAAGAUUUUCCCAAUGUUAAAGUUGCUACCUUAAAGAUUGAAUCACCCAGAGACAGGAGCCAAAAAUCCGAAAUACAUAAACAGAUAAGUUCUUCUGUUCCACAACCAUCUGAGCAAACCACUGAAAGGCAUGUCACACAUACACAAACUAUGGACUUGUUGCCAAAACCUAACGAUUUAAACUUGUUGUCCCCAAAAAUUACUGUUGUUAUAGACUCACCUAAUUCAUCAAAAAAUUCACAGCCAAACUCACCUUUUUCAUCAAAGAAGGCAUUGCUACGUGAUGGAAAGAAACACCGUGAUGAUGAGGAUAGUUCAUCUUCUACAUCACCUAACAGUGUGAAAUCUACCGGAUCUAUGCGAACAUUUAGAUCAAAGGUAACCGUAGGCACAGCCCCUACAUUUAAAUGCCCAGAGCGUGCAGAGAAACGGAGGGAGUUUUAUCAGAAGUUAGAGGAGAGACAACGAGCUCGUGAAGAAGAAAGAAAGCAGUACGAGGCAAGGAAGAAGUUAACUUUGAUGCUAAUCUAA